CGUACUCCGUAUCGUUCGUCAAUGGAUUGAGCCUCGAUUCGAGCUCCGAGCUGCGUCUCCCUUCGACCUUCGACAUCACCAAUUCUGACUACAUUACACCCAACACAGACCGCUCUUGAUAUAUCGCAUCUCCCACAAUGAGCCAUGCCGUCCGAACCGCGCACCACCCCGCUACUGCUCCCACAGAACCGCAGGCUCCGUCACCUCCAGGGCAUCUUCCUGCGCCACCUGAGCUUCGUCCCGUCGAGAGGCCGAACCGCCGACGACUCUGAUGCCUCCCUCACAGCGUCGCCGACCAAGAAGAAACUGCUCGACGCCCUCGGCGAUGGCCCGAAGCUCCAGCACUCGCAAUCCACCGAGAGCCUGCGUCCCAUGGCACGACGAAGGAGCACCACCACCGCUUGGCACCAGGACAAGGAGAGCCCCGAGUCGGAGCAGAAGAAGCUCGAAGCCUUCUUUGACAGUAAAAUGGCCGAUGCUUUCUUCUCUCUGCAUGCCGAGGGAGAGGAGGAGCCUAUCUAUAUCAGCGAGACGUUGGAGAGGCGUAGUAACUUCAACUUUCUCUUCUUCGACCUCUCCCACCAUGGGGGCGUAGUCACCCGAGCAUCGACACUCACAGUCAAAGUCUGGGCGAGACGACCCGUCGGCCAUCAAGACUGGUUCCUCCACCAGGAAGCCAUCGUCGACCUACGGUCCCUCAACUUCCUCGGCACCCUGGCCGGUCAACGGCUCCCGCCGAAUGCCCUCAUCUUCCACCUCCACGACGGAGUAUACUCCCUCGACCUCCCGGGGAAGUCUCCCCGGCCGCGAGAGGGCCCGACCCUCCUCACGUCGUCGUACAACUCGCUCAUGAAGUUGGCGACCCUCGACGCCUCCAUCCAAGACGCCCUAGCCACGCAAGAGCAGGUCACCGCGCAAAUCAACGACAUUCUCGAAAAGCAACCCAAAGACGAAGCCCCGAUGGCCCAGGAGAAAGUCAAGCUGGGCCACAAAUACAUAGCCCAGGUCACCCGGAGCCUGAAAGCCGCCCGCAGGAAACGCGACGAACUGCAAGCCUCGCUCCAGGCCAGGCGGGAAGCCAUCGCCGCCGGCCGCGAAGCCCAGACGAAGGCCGAGACGGACAUUUCCAACGCCCGCGAGAAGCUCGCCGACGCGAAGGCCCUGCUCGCCGCCACCCAGCAGCAGAUCCGCGGCCAGCGCCGUCGCAUCUGCGGCGACUUGUCCUCCAUCUUCCCCAUCACCCCGUCUCCCUCGGGCGCCGUGCUCUCCUUCGACAUAUGCGGCCUGCCCCUCCCAAACACGACCUACGAUUCCGCCUCGUCCAGACCCGCCGACGACGACCGCAUUUCCGCCGCCCUCGGCUACGUCGCCCUCCUCACCCACCACCUGCAAUUCUACCUCUCCGUGCCGCUCCCAUACCCCAUCGUCCCUUAUGGCUCGCGGUCCAACAUCCGCGACGACAUUUCCCUCCUCGCCGACACCCCGCGGUCCAGCAAGUCCAGCACCAGCACCAGCAGCACCAGCGCCACCUCCUCCAUCGCCUCCUCCUACGCCGCCACUCGCCGCCCGCUCCUCCCCCCCGGGACAUACCCAUACCCAUACUCAUACCCAUCCUCCGCCUCCUCCUCCUCCUCCUCCUCCUCCUCCGCCGGUUCGAACCACCCCGCCCGCGACUUCCCCCUCUACCUCCCCCGCGGCGGGUCGACAGCCGCCCACUUCCGCUUCGACUACGCCUGGUUCCUCCUCAACAAGGACGUCGAAUCCCUCUGUGCCUCGCAGGCCCUCCGCGUCGUCGACAUCCGCCACACCCUCCCCAACCUGAAAUACCUCCUCUACAUCUGCAGCGCGGGCUCCGACGAGGUCCCGCAGCGCAAGCGCGGCGGCGUGCGCGGGCUUUGGGCCGGGCGGCUGCACGGUCGUCUUCCCCUGCCUGAUCCCGUGAGGGAUGAUGAUCCCAGUGUGGAUGGGAGUAGUAGCGCGGGGGCGAGUCGACGGGGGAGUCCGAAUGGCGAGACGGGGGGGCGGGGCCCUGGAAGGGGGGGUGGUACUACUGUUUCGGCUUCGGGGGCUGAGGCUGAUUCUGGGGUGGCUGGGUUCGGGUUUGACGAGGCGGAUAUGAAGGUUUCGUUGCGGACGAAGGGGUUUCGCGAGAAUGUCGGCGGUUGAAGGGGAGAAGAAAAAAAAAGAAAAAAAGAAAAAAAGGCAUACUGGUGAUGAUGAUGCAGGCGGAAGACGGCUUUCGCAUUCCCUUCUAUGCGACGGGAGCAGUAUUGAAUAUUGA